AGGUCUUGACGAAGCCACAAAAACUUCUAAAGCCAUCAUCAACUAGGUCUUGACGAAGCCUCAAAAACUUCUCAAGCCGAAACCUCAAUUUGACAUUUUUACAAACUUCUAUCGCACGACAACACGGAAAAUUUGUUUUCGAACAAGCUUUUUCUACUCUUGCAGUACAACGAACUUUUGUGAUCACUCUUUCUUGUAAAAACGGCAAAAAAUAAGUAAACCCGAAGGCUUGUACUUUUUCCUCGCCAACCUUACCACCGUGGCGAGUCCAAGCUUAUCUGACGAAGCAAGCCACUUGAUUUUAAGCAAGUGCGUGAACAAGAACAUCAUGACGACCUUCCAAACGAGCUAUUCCCCCACCAGCGGCCGGUUCCGGUUCUCCGCUUCGAAAAUGCUGCCCGCGGCGUUCCUCAGUGGCACGACCCUGUUUUUCCCGACCCUGCACGCCGAACGCAAAGGCUUCAUGGCGAAGCGCGGUCAAAACCAAGAGAAGAAUGGGGCCGCCGCUGCUCCCGCCUCGCCGAACGUCGUCGCGACCCUCUCGUCAGCUGCCGACGCCGCGGCCCUGCCUGUGGACGGCGAAGAGGGCGGGGGGUUGUUGGAUGCCGAUUUAUUUUCUGGUGGCGCGGCCGAAGUCCCUGCGCAGGAAAGUACUGCUGGUGUCGAUUUUUCUGGUGCCGCGCAGGAUGAUCAGUUCUUGGACGAUGACGAUGGACAAGAUCGAGACGUCGUGUCGUCGGACCAAUCCUCUUUCGCGGACCUGGGGGGGUCGAAGAACACGGGUGAAGUGGGUCCUUCUUUCUUCUUGCAGCCGUCCAUCGUGCAGUAUCAUCAACCGCAAAUACUUAAUAUUGAUAUGUCACGCCAAGACAAAAAAAGGGCAAGGAGCAACAAAGACCUGGAUAGCAGAAAUCAACGCGGAUCUCAAUCGAAAGCGAGCAACAGUAAAGGACUGCCUUGAUCGAAAUCUAUGGCGAGACAUCACCACAGGCGCAGCAACAGGAUCAGCAAAAACAACAAGCAGCAGCAAUACAUCUUCAGCGCUCUCCUUUCAAACAAACAACAACAACGAAAGACUACCAAUCCAAGCAAUCAUGAGACUUAGAGGACGGAAGAGGAUAAUCUAA